AUGCCCAAAGGUCAUUAUUUUAGUCAAGAAGCAAAGGAAUUAAUGUUUAAUGUAAUCGAAUUUAUUGAAGCAGAAAAAAAUGGGCCAACAAUACCAUUAUAUAAUGUCAAUGAUCGUAUAAUGGCAGCACUUCAAAUAUCACAUGGUUCAAUGGCGAAGUUAAAAAAUGAAAUGAAAGAAUUACAAGAAGAACAACAAAAAGUUAUUAAACAAAAGUUACUCGAACAACAACAAAAAAAUCAACCAUAUGCACUUGCACACAGAUAUAAAGCCGAGCAUUUACGUCAACGAUCAUCACCACCAUAUGCAACAUCCAAAAAUGAUCAUUCUAUGAAUGUGGAUGUGGCUCGUACAGUUGCUAAAUCACCGUCAAAAAGAGGUGGUCCGAGCAAUUUCAAAAUUUCAUUAAGUGAAUAUGAAGAAGAUUUAAUAAGGUCAGUAUUGAUGAUUCGUUCCUUCAUCUCAAUAGCUGAUCUUGGUUGCCUAGAUACUAUUUAG